GCGACCCAAGGGAGCAUCAAUCAUCCUUUCUGGGCCUCUCUGAGCAGCUUCUCUGAGCUAUCUCUGUCUCUCUGAACAUCCCUCUCUCUCUCUCUUGAUACCAUGACCACCUGCAGCAGACAAUUCACCUCUUCCAGUUCCAUGAAGGGAUCUUGUGGCAUUGGAGGUGGCUCCAGCCGUAUCUCCAUGAUUGGUGGGGGCUCCUGCAGAGCCCCUAGUGCCUAUGGGGGCUCAGGCUUCGGGGGCAUGUCAGUGACAACCUCCCGCUUCUCCUCUGGGGGGGCCUGUGGCCUGGGAGGAGGCUAUGGUGGGGCCUUCAGCAGCAGCAGCAGUUUUGGGGGAGGCUAUGGUAGUGGAGCUGGUUAUGGCAGUGGCUUUGGUGGUGGUUAUGGUGGUGGCUUUGGUGGUGGCUUUGGUGGUGGCUUUGGUGGUGGUUAUGGUGGCAUGGAUGGCCUCUUGGCUGGUGGGGAGAAAGUGACCAUGCAGAACCUCAAUGACCGCUUGGCUGCCUACCUGGACAAGGUGCGGUCCCUGGAGGAGGCCAACACUGAACUGGAAGUGAAGAUUCGGGACUGGUACCAGAAGCAGAGGCCAACUGAGAGCAAGGACUAUAGCCCUUACUACAGGACCAUUGAGGAGCUCAAGAACAAGAUCUUAACAGCUACAACUGAGAAUGCCCAGGCUGUACUGCAGAUUGACAAUGCUAGGCUGGCUGCUGAUGACUUCAGAAACAAAUAUGAGCAUGAGUUGACCUUGAGACAGACUGUGGAGGCUGAUAUCAAUGGUCUACGUAGAAUUUUGGAUGAAUUGACCCUGGCUAGGGCUGACCUGGAAAUGCAGAUUGAGAGCUUGAAAGAGGAGCUGGCCUACCUGAAGAAGAACCACGAGGAGGAGAUGAAUGCCCUGAGGGGUCAGACUGGUGGUGAUGUCACUGUGGAGAUGGAUGCUGCCCCUGGUAUCAACCUGACCCAAGUGCUGUCUGACAUGCGUGACCAGUAUGAGCAGCUCGCUGAGAAGAACCGCAGAGAUGCUGAGGCCUGGUUCAUGAGCAAGACAGAGGAACUGAACCGAGAAGUAGCCUCCAACAGUGAAAUGAUCCAGAGUGGCAAGACUGAGAUCUCUGAGCUGCGUAGAGUGCUUCAGGGAUUGGAGAUUGACCUGCAGUCCCAGAUCAGCAUGAAAGCUUCUCUGGAAAGCAGCUUAGAAGAAACCAAAGGUAGAUAUUGCGCCCAGCUGUCCCAGAUCCAAGGGCUCAUCGGCAGCGUCGAGGAGCAGCUGGCUCAGCUCCGCUGUGAGAUGGAACAGCAGAACCAAGAGUACAAGAUCCUCCUGGAUGUGAAGACCCGCCUGGAGCAGGAGAUCGCCACCUACCGCCGCCUGCUGGAGGGAGAGGAUGCCCAUCUUUCUUCCCAGUAUUCAUCUGGCCAGUCCUCUUACUCCUCUCAGGAAGGACACUCUGGCCGCCAGCCCCGCCCUAUCAUCAAGGAACAGACUGUGACCACUACUCACAGCCAAAGCCAGCGCUCCAAGCAGUGAUCUGUGUCCCUGCCACAGCUGGACUUCAGACCUAGUCCCCUGCUCUUCCUCCUGGCCCAGCCAGCCACUCUCAACACCUGAUGGUAGAGAAGGGCUGGUCUCCAGGGCUCUUGGAGCACAGGCCCUUUGCUGUUUUUUUACAUUCCCACUCUAUUUCCCUUUCCCCCAGAGUACAACUCUGUCCCUUUCUCCUAUAGGUGUCCAAUAAAGCUGGCUUUCUGGUUAUUGCAAA